CCAGACGGCAGCCGCCGAGCGAGACAGUUAACGGCUUCAGUCAAGAUGGCGGUGGCGGUAGCGGUAGCGCGAGCCUUUAUCCUGCGAGAGGGGCUGUCCUUGGCCCGGCGCGGGGCACGCGGAUUGGCGGGAUCCGCCCGACGGUGGCAGCAUGAAGAGUUCUCAUCCCUGGAUGAAAAACCCCAGUUCCCUGGUGCCUCUGCCGAGUUUGUGGAUAAGCUAGACUUCAUCAAACCCAAUGUCAUUUCUGGCAUCCCCAUCUACCGGGUAAUGGAUCGUCAGGGUCAGAUCAUCAAUGCCAGUGAGGACCCCCAGCUAUCUCAGGAGCAGGUGCUGAAGCUGUACAGGAGUAUGACCCUUCUCAACACCAUGGACCGAAUCCUCUAUGAGUCCCAGAGGCAGGGCCGGAUCUCCUUCUAUAUGACCAACUAUGGAGAGGAGGGCACCCACGUGGGCAGUGCAGCUGCCUUGGAUGACACAGACUUGGUGUUUGGACAGUACCGGGAGGCAGGGGUGUUGAUGUACCGAGGCUACCCCCUGGACCUGUUCAUGUCUCAGUGUUACGGCAACUCCAGCGACCCGGGCAAGGGGCGCCAGAUGCCCGUCCACUAUGGCUGCAAGGAGAGAAAUUUUGUUACCAUCUCCUCCCCCCUGGCCACACAGAUCCCUCAGGCGGUUGGAGCGGCCUAUGCAGCUAAGAGGGCCAAUGCCAACCAGGCCGUGAUCUGCUACUUCGGAGAAGGAGCUGCCAGUGAAGGUGAUGCCCACGCCGGCUUCAACUUUGCUGCCACCUUAGAAUGCCCCAUCAUCUUCUUCUGUCGCAACAACGGCUACGCCAUCUCCACUCCCACCUCAGAGCAGUAUCGGGGUGAUGGCAUCGCGGCCCGAGGCCCUGGCUACGGCAUCAUGUCCAUCCGGGUAGACGGCAAUGACGUCUUUGCAGUGUACAAUGCCACCAGGGAGGCCCGGCGGCGGGCAGUGGCCGAGAACCAGCCCUUCCUCAUUGAGGCCAUGACCUACAGGAUCGGGCACCACAGCACCAGUGACGACAGCUCUGCGUACCGCUCUGUGGACGAAGUGAAUUAUUGGGACAAGCAAGACCACCCCAUCUCCCGGCUGCGCCACUACAUGCUGAGCCGAGGGUGGUGGGAUGAAGAGCAGGAGAAGGCCUGGAGGAAGCAGUCCAGAAAGAAGGUGAUGGAGGCCUUCGAGGAGGCCGAGCGAAAGCUGAAGCCCCGCCCCAGCCUCCUCUUCUCUGAUGUGUACCAAGAGAUGCCGCCCCAGCUCCGAAAGCAGCAGGAAUCCUUGGCCCGCCACCUGCAGACCUAUGGCGAGCACUACCCACUAGACCACUUUGAGAAGUGAAGGAGGAAGCGGGGAAAGGGCCACCCCUCCUGCUCUGAACAAGCUUGAAGAGGCCCAUGGGCCCCAAACUGUGGGGGGCUGCCUGUCUGAACUCCCUGAGACAGGCCACCCCUCCCCCACGGCCAGGCUAGGAGCCUGACCUCGAGCACAACUUAGGAGCCCUCAGUGCUGACCCCCAGCACUUCCUGUCUGGGACGGUCCUUCACCUGCUGCCAAGAAGCACUGGGGCUCCUCUGGGGCUGCCCCGGCUGAGAAGGCUCCCCCGUGGUGUGCUUGGAUCCCUGGGAGUGGAAUAAAGAUUUCUUUGCAUUUGG